UAUAAUUCAUGUGCGAGCCUAGAAGAGAAAUUAAGGGACUCCGGUUCUGAGCUGCUGCUGGAUAUUUUGCAGAAGACCGUGAAACAUCCUCUGUGCGUGAAGCAUCCGCCGUCUGUGAAAUAUGCCCGGUGCUUUCUCUCGGAGCUCAUCAGAAAGCACGAAGCUGCUCAUGAUGAGCCUUUGGACGAGCUGUACGAGGCGUUGGCAGAGAUCCUGACAGCCGAGGAGCCCACUCAGUGCCACAGGAGCUAUCUGUUGCCUUCCGGGGACUCAGUCACACUCUCUGAGAGCUCAGCCAUCAUUUCCCAUGGCACCACCGGCCUGGUCACGUGGAAUGCUGCACUCUACCUUGCAGAAUGGGCCAUAGAGAACGCAGCGGCUUUCACUCACAGGACUGUCUUAGAGCUCGGCAGUGGAGCCGGCCUCACAGGCCUGGCCAUUUGCAAGAUGUGCCAUCCUAGAGCAUAUGUCUUCAGUGACUGUCACAGCCUUGUCCUCGAGCAGCUCCGAGGGAACAUCCUUCUCAAUGGCCUCCUGUUAGAGUCAGAUGUCACCGCCCCUGCGCAGCACCCAGGACUCAACACCCACAACACAGAGAGCCCCAGGGUGACGGUGGCACAGCUGGACUGGGACAUCGUGACGGCCCCUCAGCUCGCUGCCUUCCAACCAGACGUCAUCAUCGCAGCAGAUGUGCUGUACUGCCCAGAAACUGUCCUCUCACUGGUCAGGGUCCUGCAGACACUCUCUGCUUGCCAGAAGGACCAGCAGGCUCGUGAUGCCUACAUUGCCUUCACCAUCCGCAACCCAGAGACAUGCCAGCUGUUCACCGCUGAGCUAGGGAAGGCUGGGAUCUCAUGGGAAGCAACGCCUCGCCACAACCAGAAGCUAUUUCCCUACGAAGAGCACUCGGAGAUGGAAAUUCUGAAACUAAUGCUGUAGGUUUGCAGAUGUUUGGGGAAAUUACCACGAAAAUUAAAUCACUUGGGAAAGAAUUUUUAUGUGGGAAAGCUGAUAAAACUUCCCCUGGACUUAAA